AUGGCGGAGCCCGCAGCACACGAUUCGACGGACACAGCCCAGCCUCCAUCCCCGACCCCGGGCCUUUCCCCCGCGGCAAGUCCGUGCUCCGAGCCGCUAUCCAUGGCCCUGUCUCCCACGGCCGACGGGUCUCAGCGGCUUCUCUUCUCCCACGACUUGGUCUCCAGGAAGUAUAGAGGGUCCCUCCGGUUUGGCCUCGUACGAAUGAUUCACGGCGAGGAGGAAUUCAACUCCGACUCGGACCUUGAUGAUGGCGGAGGGAGAGAUGGUGGUGGUGGUGAUGGAGGAGGAGGAGGAAAAGGCGGCGGUGGAGGUGGACGAGCCCUGUGUGACAGUCGGCCUCUCGUUCGUGGUUUUGUCCGUGUCCAGUGGUACCCUGAUGGAGGGAAGCAGGACAUUGGGGAGUCACAGCUGUUGCUCGAAGAUCGAUCCAUCGUGAUCCGAGACAUUGUUCGACGCAAUAAUUCAAAUGACAGCCAGUGUGGCAUUGUGACCAACGUGGACAUUGAGUGUGCAGUGAAACUGGUGGGCACAAACUGUGUACUGUAUUCUGUCAACAGCAAAGAACUACAGCAUAUUUGGUCUUUCAUGUACGGUGACUACAUAGCUUAUGACUUUUGGCUUGGGAAAGUCUACGACUUUACCAAUCAUAUUAUUCUCAAGCUCUCCAAUGGAGCCAGAUGUUCCAUGAGCGUGGAGGAUGGCGCCAAGCUGUACGAUGUCAGUCCUCAUGCUUGUGAUCCGGGUCUGUUCUUAGAUGAGGAAUAUGGGUUCUAUCCAGGCCAGGUCCUGAUUGGUCCUUCUAAAGUAUUCUCUAAUGUCCAGUGGCUGUCAGGUGUCAAACCUGUCCUCUGCAGGAAUUGCAAGUUCAGGGCGGUGGUGGAGGAGGUUAAGGUCUCUGAGCUGAAGGUUACGUGGAUCACCAAAAGCUUCUCCCCAAAAGGUUCUGAUAGCAUCUAUCCUCCUCCCUGCACCAUCACACAGGAGAACCUCUGCAGGGUGAGGCGCCUGGGCUACUAUGACCACACCCAGAGGCAGCUUGGAGACAGGGGGCUCUAUGUGUUCCCUGCUAUUGGGGAUGCCACACGCAUCACCUUUGAAGGACUUGAAGGGAAUCCGGUUCCGCAAGAGGACCCUGUAGUCCGAAAGUUGAAAAGAUUUUUCAAGAAAGAUUCUGGCAAGAAGACGGAGAACGCUGAUACGCAAGGCGACCACAAAUUGGAACAGACAGAUGCCUCCCAUCACGACAAUAACUGCCCUAACAAUCCGAACCCGCCUGACCACCAGAAGACUCGCAACACUCCUGCUGAACACGGCGAGCACGAUGCUGAUGACGAGGCAGCAGAAGACACGGACGACACUAGUUCUCUGACAUCAUCGGCCAGCUCCACAACGUCUUCAAAAAGCGGCGGUCUGGGAACCAACCGUAAGAAGAGCAUCCCACUCUCGAUACGUAAUCUGAAGAGGAAACACAAGCGGAAGAGGACCAAGUUCUCUCGCGAGUUCAAACCAGGAGACAGUGUGGCUGUGGAAAUUGUAUCUACCAAGACCACAGCUGAUGUGAUGUGGAAGGAUGGACGUGUGGAGACAGGCAUACGAUCAAAUGACCUCAUCCCUAUUCAGCACCUAGACGGCCAUGAGUUUUGCCCUGGCGACUUUGUUGUGGACAAACGACCCCAAGCCCUCCAGGACUCGGGCGUGUAUGGUGUGAUCCAGUCUGGUGACCACAAGGGCAGGACAUGUGUCGUUAAGUGGAUCAAACUGAACGCCACCGGUGAUGAUGUAGAGGUCAUUGGUGUGGAGGAAGAUGUCAGCGUGUACGACAUAGCAGACCAUCCAGAUUUCCACUUCCGUACCACUGACAUUGUCAUAAGAAUAUGGAACUCGGAAGUCGGCGAGAAUGACUGUGAAAAUGAGACAUCAGUCGGCCAGGUGUCCAGAGUGGAUGUGAGCAGCAAAGUAGAGGUGGUGUGGGCGGACAACUCCAUCACUAUCGUCCUCCCACAGCAUCUUUACUGCGUGGAGUCCGAGAUCGAGGAGACGGACUACGACUCGGCCGACGAGACAAGCAGCCUCCUGUCUACCGAAGAGUGGGAGGACGAAAGCGACAGCUGGGAGACGGAUAACGGCCUCACCACAGAGGACGACAGCCACGUCGACAGUAUGGAUGUCACAGAGACGGUGACCCCCACAUCCUGCUACUCCACAUUCAUCAUUCCGCCUCAAGAAGGGGACAAAGUCGGGGUCACCAGUCCCACCAAAGCAGUUGGUGGAAAGGAGGGCGAAGCGUUGGUAGUGGAGAGUUCAGCUUCUGGAGGAGCAGGCGCUGUCAACGGGGCCGAGAAGCCGGGUAAAGACUGCACCUCUCGGGGCUUCCGGGAGUUGAAGGAAGCCCUGAGGAUCUUGGAGAGCCUCAAGAACAUGACUGUGGAGCAGCUUUGGACCGGCCUCUCGCCGACAUCCCCCACCUCGGUCGCACCGGCUUCGGCAACUAACGUUGCAAGCCCGGCGCCGCCCUCAGCCACCGAAAAACCUAACAAGGAGAAGCGCUUCCUUGAUGACCUCAAGAAGCUGCAGGAGAACUUGAGAAAGACGCUGGAUAAUGUGGCUAUUGUGGAGGAGGAGAAAAUGGAGGCUGUCGUAGAAGCCGGCGGGGUUGCGGGUACAAAGGCUGAGAAACCCGCAGAGGACAAGACACACCAGGAACCACAGACCCCGGUGGCUGGUCAGGAAUGGCCCAGUGACUUUCUGAGUGACACACCUGUACUGUGCCAACAGAGUGGCGGCAGACCUGGCGUCACCUUUACCAGUGCCAAGGGUGAAGUGUUCUCUGUGUUGGAUUGGGCGCCAGAAACACACUCCUUUCACAAAAUGGAAUUUCAGCCAGCCGAGGCCAAGAAGUUCUUCAGCACCGUAAGAAAGGAAAUGGCUCUGCUAGCGACAUCACUGCCAGAUGGCAUCAUGGUCAAAACCUUUGAAGAUCGCAUGGACCUCUUUUCGGCUCUAAUCAAGGGACCAAAUCGCACGCCUUAUGAGGACGGCUUGUUCCUGUUUGACAUCCAGCUGCCUAACAUUUAUCCGUCCCUGCCGCCUCUUUUCCGUUACCUGUCUCAGUGCAGCGGCCGCCUCAAUCCCAAUCUCUACAACAACGGCAAAGUCUGUGUCAGUCUGCUUGGCACCUGGAUCGGCAAGGGCACAGAGAGAUGGACCAGCAAGUCCAGCCUGCUGCAAGUCCUCAUCUCCAUACAAGGUCUGAUCCUGGUCAAUGAGCCUUACUACAACGAGGCGGGCUUUGACAGCGACCGCGGCCUCCAGGAAGGUUAUGAAAACAGCCGUUGUUACAAUGAGAUGGCCCUGAUCAAAAUGGUUCAGUCCAUGACGCAACUGCUGCAGAAUCCCGUGGAGGUGUUCAAGCAGGAGAUCCGGGAGCACUUUGUCUCCAACGGCUGGCGCCUGGUCCACCGCCUGGAAAUAUGGCUGGAGCUUCAUGAUGGGGCCGAAAGGGGCCACGCUUCACGCGCUGCCUCCAGGGCUCAUCACGCCAAACCGUCUUGCACUGAGGCUGCAGAGGAGCAAGCAGCCGUGGCCCACGGCACCCCCAGGAAGGCGGGAGACAGUAUUAUAGAGGAGGAGCCAGAAGAAGCGGGACUCAGUCCGUCCACUACGUCCACCUUUCAGCAGGAGAGUGGCCAGAUUUCAGACCGCGACGGCUCCCGAGGGUUUGCCGACCACAAGGAUGCCGCUUCGGUCACGUCAGAACCGGUUUCCGCCGCCGGCGACGGAGGGUUCGGCCAGCCGGUGGUGCGACCCAAGAAACGGAGAAAGAGCUAUCGUAGCUUCCUCCCCGAGGGCAGCGGCUAUCCGGACAUCGGCUUCCCUCUCUUCCCGCUCUCAAAAGGCUUCGUAAAGAGUGUCCGCUGCGUGCUGCUGCGGUAUCGAGCCGCCCUGGAGGCCGCAUCCAUCCCUGACCGCGCUAAGGACGAUGACACAUAAAGAUACAAAGGACCUCAACUGCAAUGCGUUACAGAGACCCCCAUCUGCACUCGAAGCAGAUGAAUGUUCCCCCAACCCCCUUUUGUCAGUGGUGGAGAUUGAAAACAAUGGAAAGAACAGUGCCAAGGCCCUGAUGACCACCCCGGGUUUCAAUUUUGCUUGAAAAGCUCACAACCUGUUGAGAAAUACCACCGGGUUCCUGUUUAAAGCCCCGUUCUGCUGCCACUUUGUAGCACCGCUGAUGCCAUCAGUGGACCAACUUGCACUGAUGUCUCCAUCCAAUUGUGUCAAGCAAGCAUAUGGGAAGGCUUUUUAUUUCUCUCUCGCUCCCCCCCCCCCCCUCCUCAAACAAAACCACUUCUUUUCUGCCAAAUUUUGCCAAUACACAAAUAUUCUAAAAUAUACAGGAUUUCAUUAAACUUCCAACAGCUUGUUAGGUCAUUCAUAAGGCUUUUGUUUACUAUAUUACAGUGGUACCUUGACUUACAAUAUUGUAUGACCUCACGAUAUCCAUUCAGCGUCACAGUUUGUUGACAUAUGAAUAAAUUGACCAAAUAUCAGCUCAGUCACAGAAUAAAUUAAACUCGUAAACCAAGGUACCACUGGAAUUUUGUGCUUUUGAAGUUCACUUUAAAUCCACCCUUUAUCACUUAAAGUCUACCUGAAAUAACACAUGCGCACACACAUACUGUACAACUAUCACGUCCAUUCCAUCGUCUCAUCAAAAUGUUGCCUUACUUGAAAAGAAUCUUGUACAGAGCUGCUGGUUUGGUUGUUGCCGUGUUAAUCUCAAAGUUCCCUCAUCUCUCUCACUGCAUGAAUGGCACCAAACUACACUUCUGAUUGCUCCUCCCUGGCCACAUGCGACUGGUUUCAAAUAAAAUUCAAAUAAAGUCAGUAUAGCAAUUUUCCACCAGCUCUCCUUUCUGGGUUUUAUUUUGCCAGGUGACAGGUGAUGCUGUACUUUACUGUGAAUGAAAGUGACACACUUGUGCUUCCUGGGAGAGCAGAGCAGUCUUUGUUUACAUCUUUUUGUUUUGUUAAAACAACUUAAUACAUAUCUUUUUUUUUUUUUCUGACUAAGAAAAUGCUUGUAAGUUUUACGUGUUAUGCUUGUAAGCUUUCCGUGUGCUGCUGAACUAAUUUGAUGACUAGAGCUGGGAGUUUUUUUAUGAAGGUGGGAAUGACAAUUUGUUGCACGCGCGCAGUUCUGUGCUGGAUCAGGUUUCCUCGACAUUCCUACAUCAUUAUUUUGCUGCCUCUAAUGCUACAGAGAAAGAUUUUCUGUUCACUGUAGCGUCAAGCCUGAUUGCUCUACUCUCUCCUCCUUACCUUCACACUGCUGUCUGUAAAUGUCAGCCAUCUUUUUACAUCAAGUGCAUACAAGCUCCUCAAAUUGAUGCCAUUGCUUGUGAAGUUGUCAAAGAUCUGAUCAAGCACGUUGCUUUUUAGCAAUAUUCUUUGUAUAUCUUCUCCCACACAAGCCAAAGCAUGUAAUAUUUUGCUUUAUAAUUUGCCUUUCUGGCAGGCAACACAGACUUGACUGUACUAUGUCAUCUCCAUAGUGGCCUGUUUUAUUUAUAAAUAUAUAUACUAUAUAUAUAUAUAUAUAUAUAGAUAGAUAGAUAGAUGCAUACAUAAAGAGUUGAAGUUAUGAUUUGUAGCCUGAUUCCCGGAUGUCAUACGGAUGUCAUGGAUGUAUAAACUCAGAGAUGUGCUGAUGCUUGGGCAAUAUGUACAAAAUAAUUUCAUUGCUUUUUUUUUUUUUUAAUUGCAUUUGUUGAGACAGAUGUAUAACAUUAAAAUUUGCAAGCAUUAUCAUAA